AUGCCACAUUUUCCUGAUGAGAUCGAGUAUUCUGAAAAAUAUGAAGACGAUUCAUACGAGUACAGACACGUCUUGCUACCAAAGCACAUCUUCAAGAAGAUGCAAAGAGGUCGUCUCCUAACGGAAAAUGAAUGGAGAUCCCUCGGAGUACAGCAAUCAAGAGGUUGGGUCCACUAUGAAAUUCACAAGCCUGAACCUUUCAUCCUACUUUUCAGAAGACCUCAAGGAACUGAUCCAAACACUGGUCUCCUUCCCUAGGGACACCCUCUCUAUCAAUAACAGCUAUAAGCCAUGAAAAAAUGA